UGGUUUCUCUCCCUCCCAUAUAUGGAACCGCCCUUCCAACACACGACGCGAAAAUGCAGAAGCAGCAAAGACGGACAGCAACGAAGAAUACCAUCGCAGUUGUUUAGAAGAGAGAGACGCUGCUAUUAAAAUCAACCGUGAGGAACCGAAUGGUCAGACGUUUACUCCAGAAUGUACACCAAACGGUAACUACAAAAAGACCCAGUGUUAUAAUAAUCUGUGUUGGUGUGUGGAAGAAAACACGGGGAAAUCCAUACAUGCCACAGCAUCCUUUAACAAGUCUGUCAACUGUGAUAUGAAACCAGAUCGGGAAAUGAAAGGCUGUCCGCGAUCGCAGAAAAGAAGAUUCUUGGUUGAUUUGAUGGGUGAAAUGCGAUCUGAAAUGAAAGCGGAGUCGAACAAUACCGACCAUGGUCACACGGCGCCGGAAAUAACACUGACCACUGUAAAGCCUGACAAUGUGGUCAAAUGGAAAAUGAAUCAGCUGGACAGGAACCAAAAUGGAUUUUUGGAACGGAAAGAACUCAGAAAAUUUAAAAAAGACUUACGCAAACGGAAGAAAAAAUCUCGCAAAUGCGGACGUAAUUUCUUGCGCUACUGUGAUGAAGACCAGGACAAGAUAAUAACAUUAGCGGAAUUCAUCGAUUGUAUGGGAGUAAAUCGUAAUUACCACAGCAUGACUGUCCACAGCCACAGACGUGGUGAAAACCCGCUCAGAAAAUACCUAAUAGAUGACUAAAGAUUAAAACGCGCACAGAAUCAAAAGACAAUGGACGCCAUUUUAUUAUCACAAGAACAAAAUGGACGCUGAGAUGUGUGUAGUUUUUUUUAUAAAUUUUAGACAAAAAAAAUACAAAUGCUUCAAUGGUAACUUUUGUCUCAACAAGAACACAUUACCAAUUCCAUAUGCAUUACAACUGAAGAACAAAUCUUGAAAAAAACCAAGAUGAACCAAAAACACAAAUGAUAAAAUAAUAAUAUGAAAUAUUCAAACUGUGGCUAAAGAAAAU